GCGGUGCGUGUACCUCAGCAUUCGUAGCUCAUCUCACCUCUGAGGGGUUUUGUUGGUAGAACGUCUCCGCGUUCCUUCUGCAGAAUCCGGCGUGGAGAACUCUAACAGGUCAGAAAGUUUGUCCUUGUUUUUGGAGCAGGGGAGCAGUGGGGAGCAGUCAUGUUUAAACUACUCAGCCACCAAAAGAAGAGGUUGCCAAGUUGUUUGACAGGGCAGCGGCGCUAUGAGCACCACAGGGCCAUCAUGGCCAUACGCCGGGAAGACAUUAACCCAUGGGAAAGGAGGGCACCGCUGGCCCCACGCCACGUUAGAGAGCUCACCAAUGCCGGAGUCAAAGUCCUGGUCCAACCGUCCAACCGCAGAGCUAUCCAUGAAAAGUACUACUCGAUGGCUGGAGCCGUCAUCCAGGAAGACAUCUCAGAGGCUUCACUGAUUAUCGGAGUUAAGAGGCUACCGGAGGAGAAGGUCAUGGAGAAGAAAACGUACGCUUUUUUCUCACACACUAUCAAGGCCCAAGAGGCUAACAUGGGGCUUCUGGAUGACCUGCUGAAGAAGGAGGUUCGCCUGAUUGACUAUGAGAAGAUGGUUGAUGCUAAUGGCUACCGGAUUGUAGCGUUUGGCCAGUGGGCUGGUGUUGCAGGUAUGAUUAACAUCUUGCAUGGAUUGGGACUGCGCUUCCUGGCUCUUGGUCACCACACACCCUUCAUGCACAUUGGUAUGGCUCACAAUUACAGAAAUGUCAGCCAGGCCAUCCAGGCAGUGAGGGACUGUGGCUAUGAGAUAUCCAUGGGGCUCAUGCCCAAAUCCAUCAGCCCUGUCACAUUUUGUGUCACUGGAACAGGAAACGUCUCCAAAGGAGCCCAAGACAUCAUUAAUGAGCUUCCUGUUGAAUACGUUGAACCCCAUGAGUUAAAGGACGUCUCAAAAACUGGAGACGUGAACAGAGUGUACGCCACCGUUCUGAGCCGACACCACCACCUGAUGAGGAAGAGCGAUGGCAUCUAUGACCCUAUAGAGUAUGAGAACCAUCCUGAGCUGUACACUUCACACUUCAGGACCAGUGUGGCACCCUACACAACUUGUCUGAUCAAUGGUAUUUACUGGGAUCCCCACACUCCUCGGCUCCUCAGGCGACUGGAUGCCCAAAAACUGAUGCGCAAAAGCAUGCCUGCAGCCGAUGCGGGAUCACCAGCGCUGCCGCACAAGCUGCUGGCUAUCUGCGACAUAUCAGCGGACACUGGAGGCUCCAUUGAGUUCAUGAAUGAGUGCACCACCAUUGAUCGGCCUUUCUGUAUUUAUGACGCUGACCAGCACAUAGACCAUGACAGUGUCGAGGGAAACGGGAUCCUUAUGUGUUCCAUUGACAAUCUUCCUGCUCAGCUCCCCAUCGAAGCCACAGAGUAUUUUGGAGACCGACUCUUUCCAUACAUUUGGGAGAUGCUCCCUUCAGAUGCCAACAGACCAUUAGAGGAAGAGGACUUCAGCCCACAAGUCAGAGACGCUGUCAUUACUUCAAACGGAGCGCUCACCCCAAAGUUUGAAUACAUUGAAAAACUUCGAGAAAGAAGAAUACGAGACAGGGAGAAGGAUCAGAUCAUGAGCAAAGCUGGGAUGAAGCGAGUUCUGCUACUGGGUUCAGGAUACGUCUCUGGGCCCGUUGUUGAGUAUCUGACUCGCAAUGAGAAGACUCAGGUCACUGUGGCGUCAGUGCUGCUGAAGCAGGCAGAGGAGCUGGCUGCUAAAUAUCCCAACACUAUCCCCAUUACGCUGGAUGUCACCAGCCAGGAGGGACACCUCGACUCUCUGAUCAAAGACCAUGACUUGGUCAUCAGCUUGCUACCAUACUCAUUCCACCCACUCAUUGCCAAACACUGCAUCAAGAGGAAGGUGAAUUUGGUGACUGCCAGCUACCUGAGUCCUGCCAUGAAGGAGCUGCACAGCAGUGCGGAGGAGGCCGGAAUCACUAUCGUCAAUGAGAUGGGACUGGACCCGGGUAUCGACCACAUGCUGGCCAUGGAGUGUAUCGAUAAGGCUAAAGCUGAAGGCUGCACUGUGGAGUUAUACAGCUCCUUCUGUGGUGGUCUUCCUGCUCCAGAAUGUUCAGAUAAUCCCCUCCGCUACAAAUUCAGCUGGAGUCCAAUGGGUGUCCUCACCAACACCAUCAGCCCUGCCGUCUACAUCAAAGACAACCAGGUGGUAAACGUCCCAGCCGGUGGUUCUCUGAUGGAGGCCUCCAUGCCUAUGGAUUUCCUUCCUGGUUUCAACUUGGAGGGAUUCCCGAACCGCAACAGCACUAUAUACGCUGAGCCGUACGGCAUCCAGACAGCUCACACUCUGAUCAGAGGAACUCUGCGCUUCAAGGGCUUCGCCAAGGCCAUGAGUGGUUUUAUCAAACUGGGUCUGAUUAACAAUGAGCCUUGUCCUAUCCUGCAGCCCACUUCAUCUCCCGUUUCCUGGAAAGAGCUCCUCUGUAAGCAGAUGGGAUUGUCCUCCUCUCUGCCCAAUGAUGCUUUUGAAGAAACUGUGUGUGAACACCUCGAAAAGGACGACUUUAAGAUGGACACCCUAAGAUGGCUUGGGAUGCUGAGCGACGAGCCGGUGCCACAGGCUGACAGCACUCUGGCCGCUCUAACAAAACAUCUGGAAGCAAAGCUGUCAUUCAAUAAGGGCGAACGAGACAUGAUCAUCCUGAGGAAUGACGUGGGGCUCCGCCACCCGACCGGCGAGCUGGAGACCAAACACAUCAGCCUGGUGGUGUACGGCGAUGUCGGCGGUUUCUCUGCCAUGGCCAAGACUGUGGGAUACCCAACAGCCAUAGCUGCUCGCAUGAUCCUGGACGGUGAGAUCAACAAAAAGGGUCUGGUGGUUCCGAUGACACAGGAUAUCUAUGGGCCCGUGCUGGCUCAGCUGAAGGAAGAAGGACUGAACUUCAUGUCCAAAAGCACCCUGCUGGAUUAGAACUGAGCGUCCAAGCAAAACCAGUAACUCCCUGUAAAUUCCAUCCAAGGAUUCCAAAGAUCAUGUUAAAAAAAAAAAAAAUAAUAAUCCACACAAGUCAACAUUGAGGGUCUGAUAAGAUAAAUAAUAGUGGUUUUUUUUUGUUUGUUAGUUUGUUUUUGCUGACACAGUUUAAUUGCACCAAACAUGUUAAAUGUUCUAACAUGUGCGUAAAAGGCGAAUGAAAAUGUGACGAUAGAUAAAGUCAAGGAAUGCAAACUCCUAAAGCAUUAAAAAGCACAGCAUUUGCCUCAUGAAGCAAGAAAAACUACUGUUCUGAUUGGUAAAUGUAUCCAUGUUAACUGCCUUUUUCCCACCAUCAGCUGAAACGGUGUCUGAAUUACCAGUGGUUUCACAAUGUUUUCCCAUUGAGGUUGAGUCUAAACUAAAAACCUCAACACAUUAUAGUGCGUUAUAAACAUAAUAUAAUGUGUUUAACAUAAUGUGCACAUAGACCGCUUGUUACACACACACAAUCUUUAUGCACCGACGCAAAAGAUCUGUUUUGUCUGCAGAAGAAAUGGUUUCUGCCCCAAAUACAGCAAAUAUGAAGAGAGAGAGAGAGAGAGGGAGAGAAUGUAGAUCACCGUCUUGCCUUUAUUAACCGAGUAAAAAAUGGAUGGAUCCGGAUGAGUGUACUGUACAAUAUAUAAUAAUAAUUUCAGUAUUUGUAAAAAUGUCUACAUUAACACAGCAAACGGUUAUAAAUGAAAUGUUUAUAUUCAUUCAUGGACACGCGUGCACAGGCAGAAUGAAGGAGAGCUCGUGAAUCAAAACAAAAAUAAUGUGGUCGUUAUCCAUAGAAGUAAACAUUGCUGCAAAUCUGCUAUUUGAGCCUGUGGGCUCAAAUCAUUUGUCUGAAUUUCAUGAAUUCAUGGGAUGUUUUUUCCUGUGAAAGUGCAGGAUUGCCAACAGUUUGAAGGUCAGACAGCUCCCACUGUUACUGCCUCUUUUCAUUUUGUUUGUCGUGUUUUUAGAGUUUCACACUGGAAUCAGUUACAGACGAUGGAGAAAACAGAAAGAUUUUCACACCUGCUGAUGUUAGAAACUAUCACCACAGUCUGCUUAUUUUAGCAACCAAAGAGCAUUUCAAAUUUAAUGCUCACAUUUGAGAAUUUAGUCUUUUGGGUGGUUCUCGGCACAGUGGGUCAUCAGCCCGAUCAGUUGUUGUCAUUUAUUAACUCAUGACUGACUCAGUCAUUAAAAUAUGUUCAGGUAACACUGACACUCGACUUGUGUCAUGCGCCGAGUUUAACCUUGAUUGACGCGUACGAGUGAAUCAGUUUUGUGUUCUUCAAAAUGGUGAAUAGAUCUCGUCUGUUACCUGAACCUGAGACAUUUAUUUUGUCAUUGGUGUGUGUGUGUGUGUGUCUGUGUGUUCACCUUGGAAAUAGUUUGUUACAUUUAAAGAGGGAAAUAAAUAUGUACCGGAGAUAUAUAUUUUUUCUGUAAUAUAUCAUUAAUUUGGGAUAUGUACUUUGUAAGUGGACUUUGGGGGUGUUUUUAAGUACGAGUGAUGUUUUUUGGAUAUAUUUUGGGUCUGAGUUCUCCUCAGAUUUAAAAGAUAUAAAAUAGAAUAAAAUAAAGGUUGUAACAAAUCCAGUUAAAAUGACACCAACACUAAUUUUAAUGUCAGAAAAUGACUAGUACUAGUUUGGCUUGCCUGCAACAAACCACCACAAUUUUCAAUGUUUUCUCUGUCAAGUUUGGCAUUUAUGCACAAUGUUAUUCUUGACUAAUAAACAGACAUUCAUUUGUAAAA